AUGAGCGUUAGUAAAAGGAAGUUCACACAACACAUCAUACCCAACCCUCAAACCUCUAAAUACAAAGAUGGUUCGUCAGUGGGAAAUAAUGAACUCGCUGAGCAGAUGUGGUGUUCAUCUAUUUCUAUGCCGAUUGACUACGAGGAAUAUGUUACAAAAAAUAAGGCACUCAUUGUUAAUGACCCAUACCGGGAAACUGUACUUUUUCCUCAAGACGAUUUGAAGGUGAUCAGAAUUCCUCAUAUUCAUCGAACGUUGAGCAAUGUUGUCCCUGAGGCUGCACUUAAACAUGAUUUAUUUACUUCAAAUUCAUUGGCACGCCAUGCAGUAUCGUUUUUUGCUACAACUGAAUGGAGCUAUAUUCAACAACUAUCUUCCAUUUAUUGCGGGAAUUUUCUCUCGCUUCCAUUUAAGAAUGAUAUCGAUGAGUUAGGCGGAAAAUUAUCCCAAUAUUGGUUCUCAAUUGAUCAGUCAUUAUCGAAUAAAGACAGUCUCAAUCAUAUUUCAGAUUCCGAUCAUCUAUCAACUAACAUUGGCUCAAAAAUAAGAACAGCUACAGGAUUUCAAGUUCGUAGUCGUCGGUCAGCCACAAGUGGUCUUAUGAGAACUGGUCAAAGUGUUUGUGAAACAGCUACUUCUAGUUCAGAUUGUCGAUUUGCAGGAAAUUUUCAACCUAAAGAUCAUUUGAAAUUGGAGCGAAUCAACUCAGAUACCAGUUUAAUAAAACGUGGCAGUAAAUCAAAGGAUAUAGAAGAGACUGAUGAAAAAUCAAUCAAUGAUAUUACUACAAAUUUGAGUCUUAGUGGGAAACAGAUUGAAAAUGGAAAGUUUUCAUCUACUUAUUUAGAAUGUCAACUUAUGUUAUGUAAUCGUGAAAAAUAUCAAGAUUAUAUUCGUAUUCUAGAAGGUUUACUUUCUUCUGGUAUAAAUAAAAAUGUUAAUAAAACAAAAUCAUUAUUUAAAAAUUAUAUAACAAACUAUUAUUGUUUAAGACAAAUACAAAUUGAAGAGCUAUGUGAUAAUGAUCGACAAAAAACUUCAUUAGAAUCUAUUGGAAUAAUUCGAAAUUUAUUCGUUGGUCUACAUGUUAUAGCACCUUGUGAUUGGCGUGCAUCAAAAGUGUAUUCAUCAUCUUAUGAAAAUGAAAAUAUUAUAUAUUUAGAUACAAUUGAAUCAGCACGUUCAAUUGGUGAUUAUUGGAUUCGUUUAGAAAGAUUAUUGCCAUCUUCAUCAUCAUCAUCAUUGUCACCGAUACCAUCGUCUUCACCGACAUUAAAUUCUAUCCAACCAUCAUCUAUUAAACAAUCCAAUGAAUUAUCAACACCCAAUAGUUCACUAUUAAAUGAUGAAAUAUUUAUUUAUUUCGAUCCUGGAAUGAGUGAUGCAUUGGAGAAACGACAACUAUGGUUGAAUGCAAUAGAGUUAGCUAUAAAAUUGGAACAUCAUAGACGACGUAUAGGUUAUCAUCAUCAAUCAAAUACACAUUUUCACGAGAAUUCAGACUCCACUGGAAGUAAUAAACUAGAUUUAUUUAACAAAUCUAACGAUACAGAUUCAGUACGCAGUGCCUUACAACGGUAUGCUCAAGAAACCGAAUUAUUUGUAAUACGUCAACGUCAAAAAGAUCGAAUCAAAUUAAUCACAUUGUUCCCAGAAGUUCGAAUAAAUCAACAUAAAAUUAAAAUGUCCUACUCACCACAUGAAAAUAAUAAUGUAAUAGUUAGCAAUUUGAAAGAUUCACCAUUUUCACCAUUUCCUGAACGUACAAUUGAAUUAUGUAAUCGACGAUAUUUAGCUACAUGUUUAUGUUUACAUUCAAAAAUUCAAGCUAAUUUGGAAAUUUCAGGGAAUUCAUCAUCUUCCCAUUUAGAGAAUCCAGAACCAUAUUUUGUUACUAUUUUUCUUGUGGAUGUCAAUGAUGGACGUCGUGUUAGUGAAGAUUUCUAUUGGAAUCCUAAUUCAUCAAUUAUUGAUUCUAUGUUACCAACAGAUCAAUUCAAAAGUUUACCAUGGUAUUCAUCUAAUAAUCAAUAUUCUGAAACAACUAAUGAUAAUCAUCAUCAUCAUCAUCAUUCAAUAUCUAAUCAACCAAAUAUUAUUUCAUCACCUAAUCGAACAACACGUAGACAUGCACCACCACCACCACCACCAAAUAAUAAUCUUAUGUCUCCAUAUGGAACACAAAGUUCUAUUUCAUUAGAUUGUUUGUAUAAGUGUCGUACAGCAUUAUUUUCAAUUCCAUCAUGUUGUCAUGUCAAUAAUUUGUAUAUAGUUGUACGAGUGGAUAAAGUCCUUAGUGGACCAAUGAAUACAGUAAUAGAUAAAUACUUGAAAAAUACUAAUAAUACUAAUGAUAAUAUUAAAACUGGUUCAAGUAUACAAAAAUCAAUGGUGAAUUAUUGUCGUAAUAUUGGUCGUUAUCGUAUGCCAUUUGCAUGGGGUGCAAGAUCUAUAAACAGUACAAAUCGUUUUAUUCAUCUAUUCAAAAUGGAUUCUAAUAAGAUCUCUGAACAAGGAUUAAUUCAAUCUGUACAAAUGUUAUCCCAUUUAUCAAUUGAUUAUAAUACAUAUCAUGAUCGGUAUACAGAUGUAACAAGCAUUAUGACUACUACUAAUAAUGAUAAUAGUAGUAUAAAUGAAAGUAAUCAUUAUCAUAUACCAGAAUCUAUAAAUCAUAUGUUAAAAAUAGACUUAAAUAAAUCAAAAUCAUCAAAAUUGAUUAAUAAUAAUAGUUCUUUACUAAAAGAUGUUACAACUUAUUUAACCGAACAAGAUCGACUCUUUAUUGAAACAAUUGAACGUUCUCUUAAAACUCAAAUGUUACCUUUACGAUUUGAAUUCGUGAUGAGUGAACUAAUUGAUCAUACUAUUGAUCCUAAUGCAAAACCUUUAUCACGAGUUAUUGCUUCAAAUCUGGAAACAUACACACCGAAUGUGACAGCUAAUAAUUCUCAUAAUUUCUAUAUACCAUCAACACAUCCACCGCUUAUGUCAGAUGAAAUUAUACGUGAAGUUGAAAAUCUAUUUGAUUUUUAUUCAACUCUAUCAGGAACAUCGUAUAAUGAUGAUUAUGGAAUUAAUAAUCCAGAUGAUUCUAAUACUCCUUCUCGUACUGGAAGUCUUCAAAGAGGUAGUUCUCGAAUGAAUUCACUUAAUAACAAAAAUAAUAAUAAUAAUAAUUAUAGAGAUUCUAUUCUAUCAACUAAUAGUGUAAAUAGUACAACUAGUUCACUUAUUAUUACAAAUGAUUUACCAAAAUUAUUAAAUAACACACUACAAAAUCAAACAAAUUCAAUUGAACAAUCUGUUAUUCAAUUUGAACAUGGAACAAGUACACAAUGUUCAACUAUUAAAUUAUUACCAUUCACUUCAUUUUUUAAUACAUUAUAUGUAUGUCCAAAAUCAUUGAAUAUGUCAGGGAAACAUAAUUUUCCAAGGGCUCGGAAUUUAUCAUGUUUCAUUGAAUUACGAAGUAAUGAUAAUUUGGAUAAUUCCACUGCGUUAAAGGUGUUUUACACUCGUCCAAGUAUUCGUCAACCAAUAUUUGAUUCAUGGUUUAAUACUGCUGUAAUAUAUCAUGAUAAUUAUCCGAAUUUCAGUGAACAAGCUAAAAUCUGUUUACCAUUAAAUUUAACUUCAAAACAUCAUUUACUAUUUCGUUUUUAUCAUGUAAGCUGUGAGACGGCUUCAACAAAUUUAUUAACUUCCAAAGAGAAAUCUAAUAGUAAUAAUACUAAUAAUAAUAAUAGUAGUGGUAGUAGUAAUAAUAAAAAACCUGUUGAAUCAAGUACAGGCUAUUCAUGGAUUCCAAUACUUGGAACAGAUGGAAAUUUAAAUGUUGGCACAUUUCAACUUCGUAUUGCAUCAACUAUUCAUCCGGGUUAUUUACAACAAUCAACUAUACAAAACUUUCGUCAUUCAAAUCUAAAUGACACUAGUGGUGGAAUUAGCUUGCCAUUCAAUAUCGGCAAUACAAACUCUACGAAUAAUAAUAAUAAUAAUAGUGGUAAUUCCAAUGAUUUCACUUGGAUUGAUAAUGGGAAAUAUUUAUUUAAAGUUGAUCUGAAACCUUUAUCAUCUAUAUAUACACAUGAUCCAAUAUUGUCAAAAUUCUUUCGUGUUUGUAGUGAUCUACUACCACGGAUGUUGUACUUAUCAUCUACGAAAACAAAUAAUGCAGAUAAACAGAAGCAAAAUCAUGUUACAUUUCGUGAUGAUACUGUUGUAAUACAAUCUAAUAAUAUUGAUUCAUCAUCAUCAUCAUUAUCAUCUUCAUCUUCAAAACGUAUCAGUAUUACAGGGGGUAAUAUUUCUAGUAACAGUAUAUUACAUAAUGCAACAUCAAUUCAUUUACAUUUAUGUAAUGCUAUGAAAGCAUUAUUAUUGAUUAGUCCAACUGCAUUAGUACAAUUUCUACCAGUUAUUCUUAAUCAAUUUAUGGAGAUCAUUAUUCUUAGUGCUGAAACAAGUGAAAAAUGUUUUCAACAACAACAACAACAACAGCAGCAGCAGCAACAGCAAAUAGCUCAACUAUCAGAUUCAAUCAACAAAGAUCUUAGUAAUACUGCUGAUACUUCGGAAUAUUUAUGGUUUAGAAGUUUAAAAAAUAAUUAUAAUAAUAUGAUUAGUACAAAUACAACAAAUUAUACUACUACUACUACUACUACCACUACUAUUACUAGUAGUAAUAAUAGUACACCGGAUGAUGUAUUGAGAACAGCUAUUAGUACAUUAGCUAUGCUUGUCUCUGAAUUGAAUGCACAAAUUCCAAAUGAUAAUUGUUAUUAUCCAAUCAAGUCAACAAAUGAUACAGCUUAUUUAGAUAGUGCAGUCGAUUCAAACAUAUCAAGUGGUGAACGUGUAAAGCACAAUUUAUUGAAAACUUAUGUAGAGUUUGUAUUCAAUCCUGAUCAUUUGUUAACAACAUGUAUAAAUCAUUAUUUAAAUGAGAAUCAACAAAUCAAUAAUGAUCCAAGAAAAGAAGAAAAAGAAGGGAUACAACUCAAUGAAUUAAUACAUCAUAAAAGAUCAAAUCGUUCACCUCCACCAUCAUCAUCAUCAUCAUCACCAACCAUAACAACAACAACAACAACAACAAGAUCUAAUAAAUUAUCAAUAUCACAAUUGACAAUUCAUCAAUAUUUUCCUUUAUCCUCAUUACAUCAUUCUAUUAUUCGUGGUUUAAUUCUACUUUUAUCUGAUAUUCAUUGUCCAAAUAAUAUAUUAAUACAUUUAUUUAAUAAUAUUUGGUUAUUAUUAACAUUAAUAAUUAAAUCAAUGACACAAUAUUUAUGUAUUAGUAAGAAAAUAUGGGCCGAACGAUCAGGUGAAACACGUUUUUCAUCAUUAUUCUGUGAAGAUUUAACUGUAUUUAUUCAAUUGAUUGGAUCACGUUUAUUAUCUACAUCUCUUGGUACUACAAAAACCACAUCAAUAACAUGUAAUCAAUCUAAUAAAACAGAUGAAUUAGAUACUACCACUUAUAAUCAAGUUAUUACAUCACUUAAUGGAUCAUUAACAAAAAUGGAACCAUUUAAUUCUCUAACAAAUUCACAAGCAAGUAAAUAUAUUAAUCAAUCAUUAACACGAAAAACUUCACCUCGUUCUGAAUCUAUUCAACUUAAACAAUAUUCUAACAGUGUUAAAUCUAAUCCACAUCAUAUCAAUAAUAAUGUAAUUGAUUUUAAUGGAAUUGAUGUAAUCUCAGCAAUUGGACAAUUUUUAUGUCAUUUAUUCAAUUUAAUGGAUAGAGGUUAUGUUUUUAAACGUGUUCGUGAUUUGUUAAUGUUCCUUGAAAUAUCACCAAGAAUGUCCGCUGAUAAAAUUGAUCAAUUAAAUGAAUUACGAUUUGAAUUAUUACGUUCUAUUUGUGAACAUGAACAUUUUAUUCCAUUGAAUUUACCCAUGUUAAAUAUAUCUGAUGGUUUAACUGAACAAUAUUCUGUUAGCAGACUGUAUACUGUAAAUAUUGAGCAUAGUCAAGAUGUUGGUCUUGAAUUAUCGUUAACUGAUCAAUUUUGUCAACAACAUUUUCCAAUUGGAAUUCUAUUGAAUCAACUUAGUUGUUUAUUAUCUGGUUGUAUAAAUACUGGAAGUUGGGCAAUCCUUAAAUCAACAUCAAGUCAACAUUAUAAACAACCUAUUACAAUAUUACGUAAUCUAUUAAUUAAACAUACACUUGAUCCACGUUAUCGUAAUUCUAAAGUAAUUCAAGCUAGAAUUUGUACAUUAUAUCUUCCAUUGAUUCGUUUAGUGUUGGAUCAUUGGGAUUCAUUUGGACCUCCAGGUGGUGCUCUACAAACAGCUGUUGUUGCAGCUGCAGUACGUCGAGAUUAUGAAGAAUCUUUACAACUGACUGAUGGUCAUAGUAAUUCUAGUACAUUGAAUACAUCUCGUCGUCAACAUUCUAUUGAUAAAUCAAAUAAAUUAAAUAAAUCCAAUAUUCCAGGUAAUAUAACUAAUCAUAUUAACAGUAUAUCAAAUUAUCGACCACAAAGUAUGCUUAGUGAUUAUUCAUUAGAAACAAUUAAUAAUAACAAUCAAUCACGACAACAACAACAACAACAGAACACCAUGAAUUCUGACAAUGGAUCAUAUGAUUCUUAUUUAUCCAUAACUAGUAGUAGUCAUUCAUUUUCACAGACUGGUAGUAGUGGUAGAAAAUCUUCUCUAUCAAGUGAUCAAAGUGAUGGUCGGUCAACAAACAGCGGUUCUGCAACUGGCGCUUCUACUACUGCUACUACUACUACUACUACUGCUGCUAAUGCUGCUUAUUUAACUAAAGAUGGCAAAGUACAAAAGCAUAUAUUAGAUCAAAUUGCUGGAGUUAAUCAAGGUGGCGCUCUGCAACGUGUACAAAGAAUACGUCAUCAAGACACUUCAUCUAUACCGCCACCAUCAACAACAAUUAUCACGUCGUCCAUUGAAUCUAAUGUACCAUCGAUAAUAUCUAAUCAAUGUCCACGUUCUCAUUCAAUUCAUUCUGUGGAUAGUGCACAAAGUGGAAAUUGUGUUUUGUCAAGUCAUACAAGUAGUAGUACACUGACAUUAACUGGUCCCGAUGUGGAUAAUAAUAAUAAUAAAGAUCAUAUAAAUGGUCUAAAUGGAGGUAAUCAUAUCGAUGAGAAUGAUGGCAUUAAUAAUUUAACAAGUGAUUACAAGAAUAAUGAAAUUAACCAGAAUCACAAUGAACUAAAUAACGAUCAAGAUUGGGCAAAACAAGUUCUUACAUUAGCUGGUAUUUAUACAGAUCGUAUUAAUGAUGUAAAAUCAAUGAGUUCAGUGAGUCCACAAUCUGUUAUAUCUAAUCCUUCUAUUGGAAUUCCAUUAGAAAUGAAUGUUUCAGAGAUGGAAAAUUCCGACAAUGUUCAUCAACAUUCUCAUUCUUAUAAUCAUUUACCAUUUUAUCAAAAUAUACGAUCUAAUCAUCAAAAGAUAUUUAUUCCUGAAUUAUUAUUAAUUAAACAACCUAUUAUACGUUCACAUAUUCAUCGUCGUCCAUAUGAAUUAAAUAAUAUCGAUGCACCACGUCGUUUAACUGAUAAUUGUCAACGUGAUUUAUAUAUUUGUAUAUUACAUAUUAUGUCUACUAUAACAUUAGUACAUUUAAAAUGUUUAUUUCAUAGUUUUACUAUACAAGAAAGAUUACAUUUUUUGAAUAUAUUAAAAUUUUCUAUUCAACAUCUACGUUAUCGUGGUAAACAUUGUAUUCAACAAUAUGAACACAUAAGUCACAGUAGUGUUGGACGAACUGGUGGUACUGGUCAUCUCCUUCAUAUGAGCAAUGCACUAGCUAGUAAUGCUGCUUCUCGUAAAAAGAGUAAACAUUUACAAAGUGAUCUGUUAACUAAAAAUGUUAAUGAACUAACCCCUGAAGAAGGACAUGAUAAUAUACCAAAAAUGAAAGUUUUAUUAAAAGCGAAUUUGGCAACUGAAUCAAGCUUAAUCAUCUUAGAUUUGUUGAGUACGUUUACAACAGUUUUUAAAUCAGAAUUGAAUCUAUGUAAACCAAAUGAUCCAGUAUUUUGUUCAAUAAUUGAAACGUACAUAUGUAUAUUAUCUAAUAAUCCAUCGGAUUAUGUAAUACGUCAUACAUUUUCUGCAUUACGUGUAUUUAUUAAUCAAAAUUCACAGACUCUCUUCUCUGAAUCAACCGAUAUUCUAAGCAUGCUUUGUUUAGCUGGUUUAAGAUGUUCUAAUCAAUGUUUUCUUUCAUUAUCAUCGGUUAUCUCUUCUCCAUCAUUAUCAGUUUCAUCAAUACCACCACCACCACCACCACGAACAACAACAACAACUGCAUGCCCUGUCUCCAACUCGACUGAUUCCAAUACUAAAAAUUCUCAAAUAUCAUUUCUAACUAAUAAUAUUAAUACAACGUCGUCUGACACAACAGCAUCUAUUAAGUAUAAACCUCCAAUACUAUCUAGAUUGAAAAAUAUUGAAAUUAAUGAUACAAAUCAGAUUAUAUCAAAUACUAGCCAUUUUAAUCAUAAUAAUGAUUAUGAUAAUAGUAAUAUGAAUAAUCAAGCAUUGAUAAGUAGACUUUGUCUAGAUGCAUGCGGUUUCUUAUAUCGUUUAUGGAAGUGUAGUUUUGAAACACAUCAACAAGUUGGAUUUCAUCGUGUACAUUUACAGACAAUUAUUGCUAUAUCAAAACUUGUAAGUGAACUAAGUCCCGGUUUUGAAGCAAGUUUAAGUCUUUUGCAUAGUUUAGCACAAACUGAUAUGCAAAGAAUUUCAGAAUCAACUUCAACAAAGUCAUUAACUACAACAGUAACAACAACAUCGUCGUCAUCAUCUGGGAAGUUGUUUUGGACUGAUUCAAAUAUUCGUUUAUUCUUAGAUGAUAUUGACGAUUUAAUUCAUCGUAUAUUAACUGUAUUAACUGCUACUGCUGAAAUGCGUCGACAUUGUGAUGACCCUGAGCGUAUAGUUGACUUACAGUAUGCACUAGCUAAAUCGUACAGUAGUAAUCCAGCAUUAAGACGUACAUGGUUAGAAGAAUUAGUCAAAUUACAUAUGAAUUCAAGAAGUUUCACAGAAUUAGCUAUGACUAAAUUACAUAUUGCUGCAUUAAUGGCUGAAUAUUUAAAAUGUAAAGGUAUUUUAGAUUGUGAAUUUCCUCAAGGAUGUAAUGGAUUUAAAACAAUUUCAUCGAAUAUUUGCAUAGAAGAAAAUGGAUUAAAAACCGAUUCUACAGGAUUAGAAAUUUCUUAUACACAAGAGAAUUUAUUAACCGAUCUAAAUGAAGCUGCAUUAGCCUUAGAAUCUGCUGGAUUAUAUGAAUGUAUACAACCUGUAUAUAAUUUAAUUUUACCAGUAUAUGAAUCUAAAUGUCAAUAUAUGAAUUUAGCUCAAAUUUAUCAUCAUAUUGGUCGAACUUAUGAAGCAAUAAAUCGAAUUGAAUCUUAUGGACAUCGAUUAUUUGCCGCAUAUUAUCGUGUUACAUUUCAUGGUCAAUUAUUUGAAUCAAUGGCUGGUAAAUCAUUUAUAUAUCGUUCAAAUCCAUGUCAAAAAUUAAAUGAAAAAUGUGAUGAAUUAUUACAAUUAUAUCGUCAUAAAUAUGGUGAACAAUCAGUGGAAUUAUUAACUGAUAAUUUUAUUAAUCGAUCAAUAUUAGAUCCAAUGAAAGCUUAUGUUCAAAUUACUUAUGUUGAACCAUAUAAAGAAAUAAAAGAUUCUGAUAAAAAACCAUUAAGAUCUUAUGAAAAACAUCAUGAUGUACGACAAUUUAUGUUUGAAGCACCAUUUCUAAGACAACCAGGUUUAUCGACGGAAGAAUGCCUAUUAGCACCAGGUCCAAAACAAAGUGAUGAUUUAACUAUUCAAUGGAAACGUCGUACAAUAUUAACUACUGAAGCAACAUUCCCGCAUAUACGUCGUCGACUUGAAAUUAUACAAGUAACAGAGAUUGAUUUCACUCCAAUCGAUUCAGCGAUAGAUGCUAUACAAUGUAAAAAUCAGGAAUUAAUGAGCCAUGUAAUAACUCUACGUAAUAAUUUGACCAUUUACCAUUAUUCAGCUAAUCCAACAUUGAAUGAAGAUAAACGUAUCUCUAUCAAUAUGCUUAAUUUACAUUCACCUAUUGUAAUAACAAAUACUUCUUCAAACAUUCCUAAUGUCAUAACAUCAACAACAACAACUACUACUACUAAUACUACUAAUACUAUAAAUAGUAGUAUUAAUGGAAAUCAUUCAAAAAUAUCUACUUAUAAAAUACCAUUAUUAAUGGAUAUGCAAUUACAAGGUGCAUUAUUACCUACAGUGAAUGCUGGUCCAAUGGCUUAUGCUCAAGCAUUUUUAAAACUGGAAAAUCAAUCAUUUUAUCCUAUCAGUAAAGUUAAUCGAUUGAAAGAGUUAUUUUUUGAUUUCUUAUCAACUUGUCUGGUACUUCUUACAUAUUAUUACAAUCUAAUGUCAAGUGUACAUGAAGCAAAAUAUCGUGCUAUGCGUGAUGCAUUAGAUCGUUAUCGAGUUGAUUUAAGUAAUUUAUUAAAAGAAGAAAUUAUUGUUAAUGAAAAAGAAUUAAGAAUUGGACCGAAAUCUUCAUCCUCUUCAUCAUCAUCUCCAACAACAUCGUCUUCAUUCACAAUGAAUCAUAAUCAUUGAAUUAAGCAACUACAUUAAACUCGAUUUCGUUUUUUGGUCAUCUCUCUCUCUUUCAUCUUUAUCCCAUGAAUAGUAUAUUUGUGUAUACAGUGAUAGGGUCAUUGUUCCAUUAGCGUUUUUUUUUUUGUGUGUGUGGAGCAAAUGAGUUUUCUACGGGAUAGAGUUGCUAACCCUUCCCUCUUUUUAUCCAAACUUGAAAUCGGUAUGAACUCGAGAAGAACUACACAGAUAGAGUUACAUUAUUCAUUAAUCCAACUUAAUUCUAUUCAAUAAUCAUCUGUAUUAUCGGUUUACAUUUCUUAUCAUAUAAAUUCAAUAAAUAAAAAAAAUAAACAUUCCAAUUAUAAUUCACAUAUCGUUUUAAUAUGUAUACACAUAAUGGUGCAUACUACUGAUAUCUAUCGACAUAUAUGAGUAGUAUAUUAACACUAAACAGAAAUAGCUUGUUUAAUCUGGAAAUUGUAUUGUUCUUCAUUGUACCUAGUAACAAAUGAUAGGAGUCUUUUCUUUUUGAAUGCUCUACUGAAUACCUUUAUUGUUUUUUUUGAAAACACACAAUGUAUUAUGUAACUUGAAUCAAAUGCAUUUCUAUGUCAGUUAUUUUGAUCCCUUCUCCUACUUUCUCUUCUUCUUCUUCUGAUUAUUAUGAUCAAUCAUAAUAUUGUACACUAUUUACUUUCACAUAAUAGAUGUGGAUGGAUAGUUUGUUGUUUUUUUUCUGUUACCAAAUUGUAUGUAUUAUGGAUAAUUAUUUUGUAAAAUAAUGAUAUAAUAUAGUAAUGAUUAUACUAUGUAUAUAUAUAUACAAUUAUGAUUAUAGAGUUGAUAGACUUGUUGCCAAGGAAACAGUGUGAAUGUUUACUUAUAUGAUAAAUCUUGCUAAUUGAAUACUAAUAUUUAGUUCCUAA